GGGAUUUUGGCAAUAACUCCCCGGCAUCAGAUCCAAAGGAAGUGGGGGAAUUGAAAUAUAAAACCUCCAGCUCUCCACCCUGGUUGGGUACUUAAGCAAGCGGUGAAGAGCCUGGAUCACCUCCUAAACAUCGUUUGCCUCAUAUUUUGCUGCAAGUCCAUUGCUUGAAAGGGGUCUUUCUUUUUCUCAUCCCCAAAUUGGGUUUUUAUAAUGGAGACAUCUCAUUCUCCACUAGACGGUAAUUGGAAGAAACAUCUGACCCUCAUAAUCCUGAAGGGCCAUGGCUUUUGUACCUUGCACGAAUUUAGGCUUUCUUUAUUUGGUCUUGGUGGUUUUACAGGCAGCCAACUAUAACAACCAGCAACAAAGAUACAUUUUGGCUCGUCUGAUCCUGUUACUUUGACGUAUUCCAAAAGUUGAUCUAGAUCAUGAUCUUUCCAGUAUCCAACUCUGAUCUCCUGCUCAUGUCAAUUUUGGUGGUCUUGAAGUGAAGCAGUGAAUGUCUUCUUCAAACUUUUACUUUAGUAUACAAUUGAUCUUUUCCGAACGGAUGUAUCAUCUUUCUCUUCAACUUUUGAAAGGUUUCAAAUAUAAAUGGCUGUCUUUUCUUGGCAUUUUUGUUUGUGGAAACGUACGCAUCAUGCACCAAUGACCAAACAUUUGAAUAUGAUACCCACCAUGAUGAACUUUUAGCACGAUGCAUAUACAAGUAUUUCAGGCACUUAAGUUUUGGUUGGGAUCAAGUGCAGAUACAAGACCCUCCAUACCUGAGAAACAGAAGCUUCCAUGGGCACAUUUGUUGGACACUUGGUGCCAGGCCUGGCACUUACCUUUCUUGGCCUAUGGCACACCAUCAACAAUAUCAGAGACUAUUGUCUCAACGGCUCAACGAAAUUUACAAUAAGGUUUUGGUACCCCUUCAAUGGCCCUCUGUCUAGAUUCAAACAUUUGGAGCUCAUUUUUAUCCUGUCUUUUUCCCUGUUAGCAAUUUUCAUGCAAAUUUUAGACUACCCUUCUCUUCGAUUUGCUUUUGAACUCGAUAGCUUCGAGCAUGCAAGCAUGUUUCUCCACCUUGCCAUAUUUGCAGGUUUCACUCUUUCUGCUGAAUUAACUCAGUCCUCUGAGAUUCUAUCUGCUGUUCCGGGAAUUCUUGUAGCUUCUGUUUUUGGUCAGGAGCUUUUCUUGCUCCAUUUCCACUCAGCUGAUCAUGUUGGACUUGAAGGUCAUUACCACUGGCUCUUGCAGCUUAUAGUGUCUGUGUCUCUCCUGGCAGCUUUAGCAGCAAUGCUUCUACCAACUAGUUUUUCCACGGUUCUUGUUCUUUCGAUUUCUGUUGUAUUUCAGGGUUGUUGGUUCAUGAACAUGGGAUUUAUGCUGUGGACACCUGAGUUUGUUCCACGAGGAUGUAUUAUGCAGUUGGCUGAAAGCAGCAGUGACAGCAUGCACGGAGCUGUGACUUGCGAGUCACAUGGAGCAGAUAUGAGGGCCAGAGCAUUGGCAAACUUGCAAUUCAGUUGGAUACUCUCUGGAAUUCUGAUAUCCACAGGAUUAACCUGCCUGAAAUUCUCCAAAAAAUGCUCCCUAGGGGCACAAUCAACUGAAUAUGAGCAACUUCACGUUAAAGGCAGUCAUGUCCCUGUAACUAUUGAUAGCUUCAAGCGAGCUGAUCCUUAGGCGUUAGUAAAUUUUACAUGUAACCCUCCAUCAAUAACAAAGAAAUUGGAUCAGAAGGCUGAUCCUGAAAACUUCUACACUAGUGAGUAAAUAUUAAGAUGCUCUUGUUCUGGAUUUGUCAUUGCCAACUCCUAUGUGACGUUACUAGUCACUGUCUUUGCCAGCCAGUUGCUGGCAUCUACACCGUUUUGUAUUCUCUGCUUCAUGCAGUUUAUUAAUGAAAAUCUACUUU